GUUGCUGUGGAUACAGGAGCGUCGCGACUCGGUGCAAAACAUCUUCCUGUUCGUUUACAGGGACCUUACUUGGAUAAAUGACAGAUCAUGGAGCAUGAUGAUGAGCUGAAUGACUUGCGGCUUCAGUUCCAAGUGCUACAGAAACAACAGGAGAAAAGAAAACUGGAAAGAAAAAAGGAGAAAGAAUCAGAUAAGCCUAAUGUCAGUGUUUCACAGGAUGAUCUGGAUCUGUCAAAACAAGGCAUGCAGGCAGGCAACCUGCCUGCAAAUGACAGACUUCUGCAGAAUGAGAAUCAGAAUUUGGUUGACCAGCUGAGAGAGCUGCAAGAUGAAAAUGGUCGGCUCUUCAAACUUCUGAGUGAAAAGGAUUUUGAAAUUAAACACCUUAAGAAGAAAAGAGAAGAGGAACGACUGGCCUUAGCAGGCACGUCGGGUUUGGCAGGGGAUGUAGCAGCCACCAAGAUUGUUGAGCUGUCCAAGAAGAAUAGAGAGUUGACCUCUGAAGUUGAGCGAGAAAAGAUUAAGUCGAAGCAAAACAGCAACAGAAUAAAAGAGCUUGAGAAAGAGCUUCAGACCGCUUUGGUGCACUCUCUACCUGGGCAAAAAAUUGAUACAAAGCCACAGAAUAAGAGGUCAUCUGAAGACUGUGAGCAGGAAAAUCCGGUGGUGAAAUCCCUACAGGAAAAAUUAGCUGCUGCACAGCUGAAAGUAACUGAGUAUCGCAACCAGGUUCAAUCCGCCAAACAGGAGUUGAAAGUAGCUCAGAAGGUGUUGAUCAGUGAGGUUGGAGAGGAGGUCAACCUUCAGCAAUUACUAAACUGCCCAGGGAGCUUUAGAGGUCGCUCUCAGCAGAUACUGGCUCUUCAGACAAGGGUAAGGGAUCUUGAGAAGCAGCUGAACCAGUCAACUCAGCGGAGACAGCCAAGUGUCCUGAGUGUAGAGGAAGAAUUUCUUGGCUUGGGCGAUCUUCUGAAAACCCCCACCCAAGACAGGAACCUCAGCUACAUCCGCACCAUUGAGAAGGAGAAGAGGGAGGCGUUCGAGAGGAUCUCAGUUGACUAUGAGGCCCUCCUGAAAGACCAUGAGGAUGUGAAGAAAAAGCUGGAAGCCUCUAAAGCCAGGAGCAAAUCUCUGUCUGCAGAAGUGAAAACUCUGAAAGUCCAGAUUUCUACCCUGCUCGAGAAGGGUAAACAUGAUGAUGAGCUUGUGGAUGCUUUGCUGAAGCAGCAGACGCAGAUGCAGGAGGUGCUGAGGCGGCUCAGCCAACAGCAGAACGGACAGAGCAAGGAGACGCAGCAGAGCUCGAGACGCCAGCUGAGCAUUGAGCCUUCUGAGCACAACACUCUCAUCCAGAAGCUUAAGCAGGUGGUUGCUGAGAAAGAAGCCAAGAUCAAAGAGCUGGAAAUCCAGCAGCUCUCCAUUAAGGAAGAGGGCAUGGAAGUGCAGUCCAGCCUCAACACAACAAUUUACAGUGCAGGUUUUUCCCCUGAAGAGGGAGACAUUAACAAGAGAAUAACAUCUUCAGGUUCAGUUUCUAAAUUUGGUCAUAAACUGGUGCUGCCUACUGUGAGAAGUAGUGUGGACUUCAAGGCUCCAGGUUCUUCAAAUUGUCCACAAUGUUCAGCUGAUGUGAGUGCACUCAUGACGCAGUGUAGUGAAUAUAAAAUCCUCUGCGUGGAGAGGGACAGACUCCUCGAGCUGGUGAACAUCCUACAGACAAAGGAAAAGGAGAUGAACCAGAGGUGUUUGCAGGCAGAGCAGAAGUAUCAGGAGGAGCGCCGCAGGACAGUGAUCCUGGAGCAGCAGCUGGAGAGGACAAAAUUAGAUUCAAAGAGCAGUGUCUCUCAGUGCUAGGACGGCAGGAGUCUAUAAACAAC